GGUAAAGCACGUCAGCGCCUUAGCUGCCUUCUCGGAGAAAACAGCGCUUAUCCUGAGGGAUCGAUGCGCACCGACUCCAGCGCGCCUCACAAUAAAGCUGUGUUUCACGAGCCCAUCGCUCGGCUCUGCGGUUCGCGCGCUGCUCGUUUCCUUCCGAGCUCGGGGCCGGGCUCUCUCCCCGCCGGAGCGCUCGCCUCCUCCGUGAACGCCCGCGAUCCUCCUGGCACGCGAGGCCAGGGGAGAUGCGGCGAGGCGCGGGGCGCGUUUCCAGCUGCUCCUCCGCCGGGAGACAGCCAGCGGCACGCGCCCCUCGCCUUCCUCGAGCGGCCCGAGCGGCGCCAUGCAGCGAGGCCGGGUGCUGACGGCGCUGCUGUGCGCGGCGCUGCUCCCGCUCCGCUCGGACGCCGCCAAAGCGCCCAAACGCCCGGCCCGGCCCCGGAGCUGCGGCGAGCGGCCCGAGGAGCUGCUGGAGCAGCUGUACGGGCGGCUGGCGGCCGGCAUGCUCGGCGCCUUCCACCACACCCUGCAGCCCGAGCCGCCCGAGUCGCCCGGCAGCCGCCAGCGCAACGCCAGCUGCCCCGCGGGGGCCCGGCCGGGCGGCGACAAGAGGUUCCGGCUGCCCGUCAACCUGCGCAGCGCCUCGCCCUGGGCCUACAGAAUUUCAUAUGACCCCACAAGAUACCCUAAAUACAUUCCCGAAGCAUACUGUCUGUGCAAGGGCUGCCUGAUGGGGAUCUUUGGCGAGGAGAAUUUUCACUUCCGCAGCACCCCUGUGUACAUGCCCACCGUCAUCCUCCGCCGCACCUCCUCCUGCGCUGGGGGCCGCUAUGUGUACACAGAAGACUACGUCACCAUCCCAGUGGGCUGCACGUGUGUGCCUGAGCCAGAAAAGGAGGCCGAAAGCGUAAAUUCCAGCAUAGACAAGCAAGAAAUGAAGUUGCUGGUAAACCAGAACAAGCCGUCGUCGGAAUGAAGAAUAUAGGAGGAGUCGUCUGUGCGUUAUUGGCUUCACGUCACUAUUUCACCACCUCAGCAAACUGCGCGCAGCAGAGAAACGCAUCAGAUUAUGCUGCUUCUCUGCUUACAGUUAUUUCAGUUAUAGGAUGGAAAAUUCUGUUCAGUUGCUCAGAUCGUUAGCGAUGACAAUUCAUAUUAAGAACUUCUGUAGCUCAAGUGAGUAUUUCUUGCAAAUUCCAGUAUAGCUUUUUUCCUUUCCUUAGCAUGGAACAUUUUAUCCAUACUUAUUCACAGUAAAUUUUAGAAGAUGAUGCAAUAGUCAGAAAUGCUAGCUAUUGCUAUAGCAGACUGCUGGUUGUAGAUAUUAUUCAGGAAUCACUUAUACUCUACUUUUAAAUACUUUUAUAUAAAGAUCACAUAGCUUUUGUCCGGAUGCCAAAACAUCAGUUAAAAAUACAGUUUCUCAGGGUGGGAGAGCCUUCCCUUAUGUCAAGUCAACCCAAAGCAGCAUUUUUUGCUGUUAUGUCUUUGUCUGUUUAUACAGCACAGCAUGGGGACCUUCACUGGGCUGGAGUCAUUCAUGAAACAACUUUCUGUGAGUUAGCUAUUUUUAAACUCACCAAAUUGCUAAGGGUACAAAAGUGUUAGAAAAAAAAAACAUGCUAGAACGUGAUGAAGGUGCAGUGGACUUCCCCAUUGUGGACUACAGCUAAUAGAACAGAAAAUAUCCAUUUAGAAUUAAUAGAGUUUGGAUCCCAAGAAUUCUGUGUUGGAUUUCAUCCACUGUUAACUUCUUAACAGUUUCUUGAGGUAAAACUGUUCAGUGAAGUUGAAAGGCCAACAUGUUUUUCUUGUCAUUGAGAUGAAUCACAGCCAAGCCAAACUGGUUAAAUACAACUAAUUUACACAAUUAGUUCUGCUCGGUUUUCCCAUGUUACAAGCAGCAGACAAUCGCCUGUGAAAACACUGCCAUGCAGAAAAGCAUUCAGCCUUCCAUAUUGCAGCUUACAGGAACGUGGGGGCAAGACUCAGCUACAGACUGUCAAUAAGCAAAAACUUGCAGUUCCACAAUGAGGGACCAAAGACUGACUUAGUCUAGAGAAUGACGGUAAGGACAAACCGGGUAGCUUGCAUGACCACAACCUGUAGGAAGGUCAGUCACCAAAGUGUGAGAUAAAUCUCAAAAUGAACAGCAGAGAGUAUCUUCUACAGU